GUUUAGCAGUCAGUAGCUACGCGUACUGCCGCGUGGUCGGAGGUGUCGUGCGUCAUGGCGGCCGGCUUCGUGGGCUCCACCAAGAGUUUCCCUUUCUCCUUCGAUGUGGACGUGGAGGAGGAGCUGGAGGACCAGGGAAGAGCUGUCACCCCGCACCUAAGCAAGAGAAUAGGCAGCGAGAGCCCCACCAGCGCGGUGGGGGCGGAGGCGCCGCGGGAGCUGCCCAACGAGCUGUCGGCGCCCUACGAGGUGCCGCAGUUCCCCAUCGAGCAGAUCGAGAAGAAGCUCCUCAUCCAGAGGCAGCUCAAUGUCAAAGCGGCAGAAUGCGGGCAGUCAGUCCGGUCCUUUGCCGGCAGCGAGGCGGGGGGCGGAGUGCUGGAAGAGGCGGCACGGCUGCGGGUGCCGGAUGAUGACGAGCAGGAGACCAUACUCCCGCAUUUCCAGAGGGUGGCCAUUAGCGGGGAGGACACAUCUGGGGUGCCCUUAGAAGACUUGCAGCAAGCGUCAUCAUACCUGGUGCAGGCGCUGGAAAUCCGCAAGAGGUACAUGGAGAUGUCUCAGCAGAGCUUCUACGCGAUCACGGCGAGGUUCGUCCGCAGCAUGGAUGCGGAUGCGCCCGCCAACCACGCGCCCAUCUACAAGGUCACCAAGAGCCAUAUAGCAGAUCACAUGGUCCAUCCACCCUUCAAGGACGGUAAGGAUCCUUGGGAGGGCCCCACGCCCCCUGCGAAGGGCUAUACCAUCAAAGUGGACCAUGGGGUGUUCAACCUGUACAAGAAGGGCGAGGAUGGCCAGGAGUCCAGGGUGCCCUACGAGUACAUCACCCUGCAGCAGUAUAUCCAGGAUAAGAUUACCAUGUGCAACAUGAUCUCAGAUGGACCAUUGAAAUCAUUCUGUUACCGUCGUCUUAGUUACCUGUCCUCGAAAUUCCAGUUGCAUGUUCUGCUCAAUGAAUUGAGAGAACUUGCCUCUCAGAAGGCAGUACCUCAUCGAGAUUUCUAUAACAUCAGGAAAGUGGAUACGCACAUACACGCAGCAUCUUGUAUGAAUCAAAAACAUCUGCUACGAUUUAUCAAGAAGACUCUGAAGAAGCACGCCGAUGAGGUGGUGACCCUGCACAAAGGCACGCCCAUGACCCUGAAGGCGGUGUUCCAGUCAAUGAACCUCAGCACUUAUGAUCUGACUGUAGAUAUGCUGGACGUGCACGCGGACCGCAACACGUUCCACCGCUUCGACAAGUUCAACGCGAAGUACAACCCCAUCGGCGAGAGCCGGCUGCGCGAGGUGUUCCUCAAGACCGACAACUACAUGAACGGGAAGUACUUCGCUAGGAUCAUCAAGGAAGUGGCAUCAGACUUGGAAGAGAGCAAGUACCAGAACGCAGAGCUGCGGCUGUCCAUCUACGGCAAGAGCCCGGGCGAGUGGGCCAAGCUGGCCAAGUGGGCCAUCCAGUACGACGUGCACUCCAACAACGUGCGCUGGCUCAUCCAGAUACCGCGUCUCUAUGAUAUCUUCAAGUCGAACAAGAUAAUGUCGAACUUCCAAGAGUUCCUCAGCAACAUCUUCCAGCCGCUGUUCGAGGUCACCAACGACCCCAACAGCAACAUUGAGCUGCACAAGUUCCUCACGCACGUGGUCGGGUUCGACAGCGUGGACGACGAGUCUAAGCCCGAGAACCCGAUGCUGGAUCUAGAGGCGCGCGCGCCGGCGCAGUGGGACGACGACGAGAACCCGCCCUACGCGUACUACCUCUACUACAUGUACGCCAACAUGACCGUGCUCAACCACUUCCGCAAGGAGCAAGGACUGAACACGUUCGUGCUGCGGCCCCACUGCGGCGAGGCGGGCCCGGUGCAGCACCUGGUGUGCGGCUUCAUGCUGGCCGAGAACAUCUCGCACGGCCUGCUGCUGCGCAAGGUGCCUGUGCUGCAGUACUUGUACUACCUGGCACAGAUCUCGAUCGCGAUGUCGCCGCUCAGCAACAACUCGCUGUUCCUGAACUACCACCGCAACCCGCUGCCCGAGUUCCUGGCUAGAGGGCUCUGCAUCACGCUCAGUACCGACGACCCGCUGCAAUUCCACUUCACUAAGGAACCGCUGAUGGAAGAGUACAGUAUCGCGGCUCAAGUGUGGAAGCUGAGCUCGUGCGACAUGUGCGAGCUGGCUCGCAACUCAGUGCUGAUGUCAGGCUUCCCGCACGAGAUGAAGCAGUACUGGCUGGGCCCCAACUACAUGAAGGAGGGCGUGGCCGGCAACGACAUCACGCGCACCAACGUGCCCGACAUCCGCGUCUCCUUCCGCUACGAGACGCUGCUCGACGAGCUCACCAACAUCUUCAAGGAAGGAAUGUCGUCGCGCACGUAAAUACAUCCAUACGCUGAACAAUGGAUGAAUCGACGACCAUACGGCUUAAACUUAAACUUUAUUAACCAAUGUGUGUAUAUCUGUAAUCAAAUUUUUAUAAAAAUAAAAUUAAAAAAUGAAAUUAAAAAAAUAUCUAUAGGGCUGCAUUUGCCCCAAUUAAAAUAUAAGCAUAGAAAUAGACAUUCCGAAUGUGAUAAUUGUGAAAAUGAAAGAUUGAAAGUGCCAUUUCAUUGAAUCUGUGUUAAUUGCUUCUCCUAAAUACACAUUGUGCUUACCUUUCGAAUGAUUACCCUAUUAAGUCGUUUUCAUGUAGAUAAAGGUGCUACCUAUGUCCUAAGCCUUAACAUCCUUAAAAGUCCUGUAAAAUACUAAAAAUGAGUAUUUAUUAAGUUUAUAAUCAUGUUGAUUUAGAUUAAGAGCAUCCAAUUCCUCAUACAGAAGUGAGGGUUUAUAGUUGUUUUAUAUUUUUGUAAUCAAGAUCAUUGUUGUUAACUUAGUCGUCUUUCUGAUCGUUAGCUUCGACCACUUUUACAAAUUCUGCUACUGGCGUAAUUGUGUCUAUUUCUUGUAAUUAUAAUUUGUUAUGAGCUAAUGAUUUAAAAGUCUAAUGAGCAUUAUCAAGCGUUAAGAAAUCUUUAUUGAAUCCUCUGGAAGGUUUUUUCCAUUUUUAUUUCUUACGCUCGAAAUUAUUAAUUACGCUUUCGUGGUUGUAAUGUUUGCUUACGUUGUGGUUGCUUAUGUGUUAACUUUGUAAAUGUGUUAUUGUUUAUUUUUUACAAGAGAAUCUAUUGUCUUUUAUGAAAUGUUUGCUUCAUUGAAUGUAAUCCAUGACCUUUUCCUUAUUCAUAUUUUAAUGAAAUUUCGUAACAGUAAGUUCUGAACUAAUUAAUCGACUUACAUACCUACGGUCCGCACCAAUAGACUUUGCCCAACAUAUAACCGACAAAUAUACAUAAUUUCCUGUGUUACAAAACGAAAUAAUUGACACUAAAAAUAUUCUCAAAGUCUAUUUGCGCGAACUUUACAACUUUGUACUUAAUAGUAGUUUCCUUGAAUUCAUUAAUUGGAAUCACUUAGGUCUUUACGACAGAUGUUUUUAAAAAUCUUUUCAAAUAGAAAUUUACAAAUACGAACUGAAUGUUAAUAAUCAUGUUGUUGGAAAUAAAAUUGCUCAUAUACAAU